ACCUAUAUUUUUAUUUUUAUACCGGCCGGCAAGUUUCCCCGACUAUUUGGUUCUCCUCGGCCCAUUUCGGUCUCGCGCGCCGCCCAUGUUUCUGGAAUGGCGUCUCAUUAAUUUGUAUAGUGAUCUACUACAAAUUGUGACCGCCCAAAAUAGGUUGACCCAUUAUUAUUAACUUGGUCGAUUCUAGUUAGUAUUUUAGUACAUGAAGUCAUCACGCAAUUAAUUUAGGCUAACUCUUGGGAUGUUUUCAUCAUGCAUUAUCAUUAGGCUAACUCUUGAUGUGGUGGAUGUUCUCAACCCGCAUUAUCAUUAGGCUAACUCUUGAGAUUGUCUUUAUUUCACACUUUAAAGUCAAUUUCAUAUAAUUUUCAGUGAAAUUUAUCUUUUUUCCAUACGAUUUUAACAUUUUUAAUACUUUUUAAUUUUAUUUCAUCCUUUUCAAAAUCAAUUUCAUGUCAUUUUAAAGUGAAAUUUUACCAUAUGUUAACCUUUCCUACCAGCAUAACAUAUCCUAAGUUUCAGUUACAACACCCAUAAAUGAUAUGUUCCGUGAUAAAAUACAUCGAACAAGAUAUAUCAUGAUGAUUAUGUUGGACACAAUUUUAUAUGGUCUUGGAUAAAAAAAUUAUGUACCAUUCGAAACUAAUAUUCCUUUUACAUAUGAUUUUUUUACUAUUAGUUUGUCGCAAAAAAAAAAAUUAUUGGCCCCUCCUACCGAAAAUCCUGGCUCCGUCCCUGCGAGAAACAUUAGCACAAAUAGUAGCUCAACUGCCAGCAACCUCGAAACCCAUUCAAUCAACAAAGUCACCAUGACAACAAUGAGUGGUCGGUAAUAUAAAUCUUAAAUGCUCAGACGUUUCACUUCAUCGUACGUAUUAGUUUUUUCUUCAAAAUUUAGUCUUUUUUGCCCCUUUAAUAUCAUGCUCAUUAAUGAAAAAGAACUCAUCCUGUAUACACAUGUGAACAUUAGUUAGGUGUAUGUUGUUUUAUAUUUCACGUCGCGAACCUCUUUGUUUUAGAAUUUAUGGUGCUAGUUUUAUUUUAUGCUGUAUGCAUGUAUUUUAGUUCCCCUCCCUACAAAAGAUAGAAUUAACUUAAUAAUUCGAAAUCUAAAAUCUCUCGAAUUAUAACAUAAUUUUCUCUCUACAUAUUACGUCUCUUCCAUAAAAACAUUUCGAUAUGUAUGAGGACUGAUUGUGUGAUGGAGAAGAAGAUCAAGAAAUGGCGUCUGAUUAGUGUGUAAGAUUUGUCUAUGGGCCUAGCCCACUACCAGUCAUAAACGACACGAGUGAGAAAUUUCUUCAAGAGUCAUCAUAUUGAUUGAUUGACAGUCCUGAAAUGAGCAGAUUCGCCACGAGUUAGCCAUUUCUUCUCGUGCUGAAUAGUCGCUCGAGACUCGAGAGUGACGGCAACUCAAGUUUCGGGUGCCCAAGUUUCUCCUUUGCCCGAGUUUCCAACGGCACCCACGAACGAUUCCGAUGAAAUAAAAACGAUUUACGGAACGGAAGAGAUCAAGGAUAAGAAUCAUGUGGCUGCCAGCUGCAUUCCAGCUUCCCCAUCCUCCUGCUGGUUGACUUUACCGUCGACUUGGUUUUGUUUUUGUUACACACAAGUCAUUUUAUUUUAUUAUGUAUGGGUAUUUCAGUUCACUUAUCCUCUGGCUCUCCCUCUUCAGUACUCAGUUGCGGAAGCAACUCCCAAAUCCCCAUUUUUGUAAUGGCUGCCGCCGGAGGAAGCAGUUUUCUAUCAGCGCGAAAAAGGGAAACGUUUCGCGUUCUCAACCCCACCAUUCUUCUUCUGCUGCUGAUGCUGCUGUGUUCCCAUUCUCUGGCUGCUACUAACAGUAGUAACGUUCCCAGCCAAGGUGGGCCAGCCCUCAAUACCUCUUCAACCGCUCCUACUCCAUCUGCUGCCGGGAGCCGGAAUAAAUGGAUAUGGAUCACGGCUGCUGCAGCGGUGGUUCUGCUGAUAGCCGCAUAUUUCAUUUGUCAGUACCGGAGGAGAAAGCUCAGAGAGAAGAUGUUAGCCGAGUUUAUGCCAUCGGACACACCAAUUGAGAUGAACGAUAUAGAAAACGAGGGCAAUUGGGGCCAUGACCAUUUGACAGUUCAUAGUAUGGCAUCGAUUGUCACUGCAACGAAUAACUUCUCUUUGCGGAAUAAACUUGGGCAAGGAGGUUUUGGACCUGUAUACAAGGGAAAGUUGUCCGAAGGACUAGAAGUAGCUGUGAAGAGGUUAUCAAAGACAUCAGGCCAAGGAAUAAUCGAGUUCAGAAAUGAGCUCAUAUUGAUAGCUAAUUUACAACAUAGAAACCUGGUUAGACUUCUGGGUUGUUGCAUCCAUGGAGAAGAGAAGAUGUUGGUGUACGAAUAUAUGCCCAACAAAAGUUUGGAUUCUUUUAUCUUUGAUGAAUCGAAGAAGUUGUUUUUAGAUUGGAAUAAGCGUUUCAAUAUUAUUGAAGGAAUAGCUCAAGGAUUGUUGUACCUUCACAAGUACUCUAGGGUAAGGAUCGUGCAUAGGGAUCUAAAAGUUGGCAACAUAUUAUUGGAUGAGAAUUUGAGCCCUAAGAUCUCGGACUUUGGAAUGGCACGCAUCUUCAGCUCAAAUGAAUCGGAAGCUAGCACGAACAAGCUUGUCGGAACAUAUGGUUAUAUGUCUCCAGAGUAUGCUAUGAAUGGCACAUUCUCCACCAAAUCAGACGUAUUCAGUUUCGGAGUCAUGGUUCUAGAAAUAGUGAGCGGCAUGAAGAAUUAUGGAAUCAUUCAGCUCGACCCCCCUAUCAACCUUGUUGGAUAUGCAUCGAAGCUAUGGCAAGAAGGCGCCACAUUACAAUUGAUGGAUCCAACAUUGAGUAAAUAUGAUUCUAAUAAGGACCAGAUAAUAAGGUGCAUCAAUAUCGGGCUAUUAUGCAUAGAAUAUAAUGCUCAUGAUAGACCAACGAUGUCUGAUGUAAUAACAAUGCUAACAAGUGAAGGCACACAAUUACCCACACCAAAACAACCAGCGGUCACGGUAACUAGGCCGAGAAGCAUUAGCACAAAGAGUAGCUCAAGCACCAGCGACUCCGAAAUCUGUUCAAUCAACAGAGUCACCAUGACAGCAAUAAGUGGUCGGUAAUAUGAAUGUUAAUAUAUGUUCUUUACUGUCAUAAAAAUGCUCCAACGUUCCACUUCAUGUGUAAAAUCUUAAACAUUUUGUUGUGUCCGCCCUAAGAUGGAUUUUGCAUACAUAUAUAAUCCAUAUAAAUUUGUGAGUGUCAGGAGCCAUUUGCUUCAUGUAAUUGAAAACCAAAUCUCGGUCAUUUUGAAUUUAUCACAUUUAUUGUUUAUUUAGGAAGAAAAAAAGAGAGGGUGCCAAAUUCAUGGGCUAUCAUAUUUGACAAAUCCACCUUCUAGAAUGGAAUUUAUUAUGUCUUCGGUUAUGGUGUCAAAUAUAGCACCUGUUGAUUAUUUCCAUAAUUAAUUACAACCGAUUUGAGUGAUGAGAACAUACCGUUGGAAAAAGGUAAUAAAAUGGAGAUGGAUAAUAUUAGAGGAUGAGCAUUUUUCAGGACAAAUAAAAUCCCUUUAAAAAACCCUCCUUCUUUGGUCUUCUUUCCUCCUAUAUUUAAAUGUUCGCAUAACUUUCAAAUUUCAAAUAUUUAUGCACAGAAAAAUCAAAUUUAUUAUUAUCUACAAGAUAACAUACACUUUGUUAUACUUUUUAACAAGAUAUGCGUUGGUAUUGUAUACCUAAUAUUUUUGUACACUCAUUCAACAAAAAUGUAUAUGUUUGUACACUCAAAUCUCCUUGUACCAAAUUCCAUUUGCAAAAAGAAAUUCUACAGAAUUUUGGCAUCCAUUGUACAAAACACGUACAUAUUUUGCACAAUGGGCUGCUAAUGAACCAAACUGUUUUGGAGAGGCUUGGUGUGGGACUCGAGAAAAAUUCAAUCUAUUUGGAAAAAGGUCGACUUGUUUAUUAAAGAGUCGAGCUAGUGCUAAGCCUUGUUUAGCUCAUGAGCCGGAUUGUUUCAACUCGUGAACUGACUCAUUUUUUGAGCUCAUGAGAUGUCUCAACAUUGUGACUAGCAAGUCAACUCGACUAUCGUUAUUUCAUUCAUAAGUUAUCUUGGAAUCGAGGUUGAACCGAACUCCUGAUUUUAAUGAUGAACUAAUGUUUUAAUAAAUGAGUUGACUCGACUUAACUCAUUAAUAAACGAGCCAAGCUCAAACUUAGCUUGUUUAUUAACUAAAGAAGCCUUAACAAAGUCAACUCGAUACUACUUAUUAACAGACCUAGUUGCACAUAGUUUUUUCUUUACACUCAAAUCCACUUGUGCAAAAUGUUCGUUGUGCAUAAUUCUUUUACGUUAUAUCGUAUGAAUGAUUCUAUCAAGUAUCAACUAUUAACGAAUAAUUUUAUAACAAAUAAUCGUUGAACGAUAAAGUCUUUAACUUUUUCAGUUCAUUAUUUGGUAAAACAUAUAUCUCAAGAACUGAUAUGCAAACUUUUAAACUCUUUUUUAAUUUCUCAAGUAUCAUUGCAUGAAUGAGACUCGUACCUCGGAUCUAGAAACAUGGGCCGCCCAACCAAGUUUGGCCCGAGAGAAACUACGGGUAAUCAGAGACGGGUAAUUAGCAUAAAUGGUUACAAAUUUUUGCACUUAGUACAAAACAGUCACAAACCUUUAAAUUGUAACCAUUUGAUAACAAAACUUUUUUACUUAGAACAAAACGGUCACAAAUUAAACAGUGUGACCAUUUCAUACCAGUUCAAACUUUUGUUACCGUUUCGUUGCAAAUUAGACUUUUGGUGACCAUUUUGUACAAAUUAAGUUCAAAAGUUUUGUUAAUGUAUGUUAAUGAUAUUAUGUUGUUUAGGAUGACAAUGAGAGAAUUCAAUGGCUCACAAACGGGUUCCAGACUGCUUUUUAGUUGAAAAAACUAUGUCUACUUUCUUACUUUAUUGGUAUCGAAAUUGAAAGGUCAACUGAGGGCAUUCUUAUUCGGCAAAACAAAUAUGUCGAUGAACA